AUGGAGCUCCCAGAACUUAUCGAGCAUCUGGUUACUCGGGGAUCAGCCACAUUAGAAGACGAUACGCUCCAAGCCAUCAAAGCUGAAUGCAAGCAAUCGGACAACCAUGUACAAAUGGCAUAUACUUGUAUCAUGGACCAGCUCAAGAAGCCGCACGCUCAAAUACGAUAUUCAUGCGUUCAGCUGGCCGAUGUCUUGUUUACAAGAUCUCACGAGUUUAGGAUAUGCAUGCUGGACAAUAUGCCAACAUUCUUACCACUAGUACUUGGAAUAAACGAUACUAAACUGCCACCGCCCAAGGAAUGGGGUGUCAAGUUGAGGCAGCUGGCUACUAGUACGCUCAAGCAAUGGCAUGAUAAGUUUGGUGCUGGGUAUAAGCAGCUUCGAUUGGCGUUUACAUACCUGCAAGAGAAUGCAGGAGUGUCUUUCGCACACGAGGAUAUCUAUUUCGGGCCAACGCGGGAACGAGCUUCGAGAGAUACAAGAUCGCAAGAAGUGAGAUUGCAAAAGUAUAAUGCUGCCGUCGCAGAGAUGGAGAAACAACGUCCCGACGUGUUGGAAAACCUCAAAGUCAUGAACGGCUGCUUUGAAAUUCUAGUACCGCGACUAGACGCUCAAACACCACCAGCACCUCCUCCGCAAUCACAAGAUGCAAACCUCUCGCAUCAGAAUAUGGCACAAGAAUAUGGCCUUGGAUCUAAUAGUUAUGAAUUGGUCAUUCAAGUGCCUAAAACGAUAAACGUAACAGAGACCAAGGAGAAUGCGGUAGUGUUUCAAACUCUGAGAGAGGCAUAUAAGGAGUUGUUGAGUCAUCGGCAACAGAUCUUGUUGUGGUUGGAUAUUAUUACCAAGUUUGGAGUUGAGGACCCUACUCGCCGAAAUACCAUCCUGCGCAAAGCAGUAGAUUUGAAAGCAGCCAUCGACGAUGUGAAAUUACAGGCAUUGGCAUUGUCUGUGCCACUAGAGCUGCCGCACGAAACUGGAGACGAUGAGGACUAUGAAGAGGAGGAGGAAGACGAUGAUGAUGACGAAUUCGUAGAAGUGAAAGCUUCAUCAUCAUCUAACAAACCCAAGGUCGUUGCUCUACCAAAACCUGCUCAGAAAACAGGAACAAGACCUGACGAAAUCCUUCCUGUUUACGGAGCUAGUGUUGUCACUCCUGCGCUAGGAAACGCUCCUAUAUUCGCUUCUACAAAGAUUAAUCCAGAUGUGAAGGGGAAGAAGCGAGAUGCUUCGGAUGAUGCUGAUCCCAGGCAUUCAAUUAGUUCUGUGAAAAGGACCAAGAUCUCCAGACUACCUAUAACUAUCGUUCCACCUGGAACAAUUGUAGAUACUGAAUCAAAUCUGAGGACAAUAGCUCCAGUCGUUGAAUAUGCAGAUGACUUGUUCUAUUGGGAUAAGCAGGAAGUGGCAUUCAACAAGACUGGAAUAGAUUUCGCUCAUAGAUUCUAUGGCUCUGUGCAAGAAGAGCACAUGCUAUCAGAAGAUACCUUGGCUGAUUUGAAGAAGCGAGUGGUUUUUGUCACCCACGAACAAGAAGAAAUAACACCAUGUAGAGCUCGUCUCCCAAACGGCAAACUGUGUCCACGGCGAGACAUUGAAAUAUGUCCCUUCCAUGGUCGCAAAGUCGCUCGCGACGAUGCUGGUAUAGCACUCGAUACCAAAGACCAACAACGAGAUGCAGAACGUGAGCUCGAACGUCAACGACGUAAAGCUACUGCCCUGCUAGGAUCGUCGUCGGCUGCAUCAGGCGCAAAUGGGACUGAAUCUGAUAUCUUGUGGCAGCAGAUUGCAUAUGAUGUACGAGUUAAUCUCGGGCUUGAUGGUGUUGGAAGGCCUAUUAAUGGCACAAGAGUCGCAAAGAAGGAGGAAGGACGAGGUGGUGCGAGAGGAGGGCAGUCAAAUAAGAAUGGGUCUGAAUUGAUUGAUCUUAAAAAGAAGAAGGAGACACCCAAACAGCGGAUUGUCAAGAAGCUUGAAGCUGCUAAAGCUAGUGUGGAGGCUGAUUUGGAGUAUGAAGCUUCUAUACGCUCCAAAGACAGGAACGCUUUUCGGGCUGGGAACUAG